UAAACCCAAAAUCGAGUUGUCUACAAGUUGCCACAAAGGCCCAUAGAAUUAAGUUUACAUUUUCCAUAGAUUUCCGAAUUUCAGAUCGCCGGAAUGAGGAGGAUUAGUGGAAUCGCCGCCAUAUGCCGGGCCGCGGAUGGUGCUGCCGCCGUGUCGGUUCCGCAGCAGAGGACGUCUACUGUGGCUCGGUACAGCACGAGUAGCAGCAAAUCCUCUGUCAGGUCUAAUUGGUAUCAACCUACUAGAACCGCCGCUCACGCUGUCACCGGAACAGUGUUUUUCUCGGUGGCGGCUACCACGUUGACCGAGGAAGUCCACGCUAAAGAAGCAGUGCCGCCGGAAUUACGCCCUAAGGAUAUUGUUCUUUAUCAGUAUGAAGCUUGUCCAUUCUGUAACAAGGUUAAAGCAUUCCUUGACUACUAUGACAUCCCAUACAAGAUCAUUGAGGUCAACCCCAUCAGCAAAAAAGAAAUCAAGUGGUCUGAUUACCAGAAAGUCCCUAUCGUGAUAGUUGAUGGUGAAACUCUGCUGGACUCAUCAGAAAUUAUUGAUAAAUUAUUCGAGAAGGUUCGCUCUGUUGAUUCUACCUCGGAUGCUGAUGAAGAAAGCAAAUGGCGCAAGUGGGUGGAUAAUCACUUGGUGCACGUCUUAGCACCCAACAUAUAUCGAACUACCUCAGAAGCUCUUGAAUCAUUCGAGUACAUCACUAGUCAUGGUAAUUUCGGCUUUACGGAAAGAUUUACCGUCAAGUAUGGUGGUGCUGCAUCCAUGUAUUUUGUUUCAAAGAGAUUGAAGAAGAAGUAUAAUAUUACCGAUGAGCGUGCAGCCCUGUAUGAAGCUGCAGAAACAUGGGUUGAUGCUCUGAAGGGCCGAGAUUUUCUUGGUGGCUCUAAACCAAACUUGGCUGAUCUUGCUGUAUAUGGCGUUUUGAGACCCAUCCGCUACCUGAAAUCUGGUAGAGACAUGGUGGAGAACACACGUAUCGGUGAUUGGUACUCUCGAAUGGAAAGUGCAGUAGGUGUGUCUGCUAGAAUUCAAGCUUGAGUGGCGAUUAAUUGGAAAACCACAAGCAAAGACAAUUUUUGAGAGGUGUUGAUUACAGUUCUGAGAAAGAAUAUUACUUUCAAGCUAAUAUAUAAAGGAGAUGCACUUAACCAAAUUUUGGUAGUUAAGGAUACCAAAUAAAUUUGAUUGCGCGCUUGUUUACUUUCUGUGUUGACUUAUUCUUCUGGAUGAAAGUUGUAUUUGAGGUGUGCUAAGACAAUCUUUCUUGCAGUUUACCACUAUUUUGUCGCCAAUUUUACUACUGAUUUGUCCUUCUAGUAGCCAGUGUACCUUUUCUCUUAAUAAUGUAUUCGAUUUUUCAGCUGGAUGCUGGGAUUGAUGUUCA